GUGCGAGAGGUUCCGAUUGAUGCCAAAGUAAACAAUAAAAAGUCACAAUGAAGUUAGAUAAAGAUGACAUAAGAAUAUUGCUUAAAGGUCUACUGAUUAACACGUUUUCAGUAAUGGAAUUCAAGGAACCUGAGCUGCGUUUGCCAAAGUAUCCAAUGAGCUUCAAAGCGCUUGCAGAGUCGCUCGAAAUUAAAAGAACAAACGACGCCUUGCAAAUGACGGAAUUUCUGAAGAAAACGAAAACUCCAGCACCAGUUGCACAAGUAAAGCUUGGUAGAGAUACAGUUGGGAUUGAAGCAACUGCUGAAUCAGAAAUUUUGGAAGUAGCAGAUGGAGACACUACUGGGCAUAGGAAAAGGAAAAUAGAUCAAAGUCAAACAUCUCUUCAAUCUGAUUAUAAAUUUACUUCACCAAGGUCAGAAGGAAGUGCAGGAUGUAACAAAAGAAGGAGGGACGAGGAAAUGUCACCCGAUACAUCAGAGCUUAAUGUCAUUACUGACUUUUUGAGUGAUGAAGAUACUGAUGUCAUGAUUGAUAAUUUAAACAGAUGUAUGGAGAAAAACAAUAUUUAUCAACUUAAGAAAGUUGUUCAACAGUCUGAGUCUGAAAAUGAUCUUGCUACUGGGUUUGGAAUUCAUUUGAUUUCAAAGUUAACUGGGAAUACUUCAGUAAGCACCGAGCUGUGUGAAGAGAUCAGAUGUCCCUGUGGAUGUAAUGAGAAACUUGAAGGAAAUUCUAACAUGUGGAUUGGAUCUGAAGAAAUAUGGCACGGGGAGGUAGACAUACUUGCUGGAAAUAAAGUAAAGGGAGAGAACUUAGUGGCCUGUACUAUCCAGAUACUAGAUGAAACAGACGAAGUUGAUCCUGAUGAAGAUACAUUUUUAAACCAUAAUAUCAGUUCUGUGAUUGGGGUGACUGAGGAAAUGAAAUUGUGUUAUAGUGCUGACAAAAUGAAUAGAUUUGUUGCACAGUCAGUUGUGUUUGCUUUCACCCAAUAUAACAGACAUAGAGAUUUGUGUAGACUUAUACCUUCAGUUCUUCUUUCACCAACUUAUUUUCAAGUGCUGAUAUAUGAUCCGGUUGAUGAUUUAAUGUUCCGGUCUAAUAAAUUUUAUUUCUCAUUCAAUGAAAACGAUUGCAGACCUUGGUUUAUUCUAUGGAUCAUACUAAACUACAGAACAUUUUUUCAAAUGAAGCUAAGCCCUUCCUUAAACAUAUCUUGCUCAGGAUUUGGGAGAACAAUGAAAAGUUGUCCAGAAAAAUUCAGCAUUUUUGAGAAAAUGAAUUCAUAUAAUGCUCAGAUCAUAGUGGAAAAAAACCGCAGUGAUAUGCUGUGUAUCCGAAUGAAAUGAUUUAUCGAGAUUGUUACAUUCAAGUAAAAGGGAGAUGCUCAUCUGAAAGUAAUUAAAGAAAUGAUACUUGUUUUCACAUGUUAAGGAUAUAGGUCAUCAGAGAUUUAUCCUUUUUUUUCUAAAGUUUUAGUUAUUUAAGCUACAGGUACAUUUACCAACCAAUUGUACCUCAUUGAUGAAGGUUUGAAUCUUGCUAGAAACUUGAUUCUUUUAUGUGAGAAAGCUAUUCAGCUAGAUUAUGGAAGGUUUGACGUUGUCGUUUUACCCACUAGCCUGCUAAUGCCUGAAAUUAUACACAAAGAGGCAUAUCAGGAUUUUCUCCAGCACUAAGCCUAGAAUGUCACAAUGUGGCCUUUACAAAAGUGUCAUUUUACCUUAAAACAAAACAAAUGAAAGAACUGUUACUGCAAUUGUUUUACAAAGGAACUCUUUAAAAUUUAUAUGAUGCUGACAGACCAGUAGUAUUUUAAUGUAGUGAUAUGAUCCCAGACUUUUCUUCUUCAUUUGAUUUACCUUUGAAAGUAUCAUGCCUUCAUUUCAUGUUAAUUGGUAACUUAAUGUCAAUUGUAUAUAUAAACAUUAUUUUGUCGUAAGUUUGCUGUGACUGUUUAAUAAAUAUGGAGAGCUAGUAUACUUACCUUGGUAUCUCCAAAACUACUGAAGCCUGAAGGCCAUGAAUUGAAACGUCACACACUUGCUCCCUGUGAUUAUCUCACAUGAUGAGCACAGGUUCCAUAACUCUGAGUUACUUUUUUAUAGAGUUAUGCCCCUUUUAUCAUUGUCAAACAUUGAGAAUAGUCAAUCUCACUGUCUUACUGAUAGCUCUUGUUUGUAACAUUAUAGUAUCAUGCUGUACACAGUAUUAUUGGAUGUACAUAUUAUACAUGUUUAAUGUAGGCAUACCAUAAUUUCUCUGCAUAUUUUAUAUGUAUUCAUUAUUAUUAUUGAUGACUAUGUUCAUAUUUUUUGUCAGUAAAAUAUUUGAUUUGACUUGA